AUUGUGUACAUAGGCGUCCAAUGAGCGCACGGAUCAAGGUCCUACCCCGGGUCUGACUCGAAAGCUCCUGCCAAAACUUUGGGAGUUUUUAGAGAGGAGUUUUUUUUUUUUUUCCUUCUUCUUAAUUUUUUUAAGCUAACGGAUCAUUAUUGUUGUUUUAAAUUUAGCUCUUAGGGCUUAGCUGUUUGGGUUUUUCUUUCGGUGCCGGGCCCCUGUCUUCCCGGCUUCUCCGGAGUAGCGGAGCGAGGCCGCGGGACAUCCUGCACGCCGGCGUCGGGGAGCCCGGGCCCGCCGCAGAGGGACUGGUGGGGGCCUCCGCCGCCCUCACCGCGCACUUGGGCUCCGUGCACCCGCACGCCUCCUUCCAAGCUGCCACCAGAUCCCCGCUACGUCCCACCCCGGUGGUGGCGCCUUCAGAAGUCCCGGCUGGCUUUCCUCAGCGGCUGUCCCCGCUCUCGGCUGCCUAUCACCAACAUCUCCCGCAGCAACAACCAACGCAGCCCCAACAACAGUCGCAGCAACAGCCUCCGCCUCCACCUCGGGCGGGCUCCCUGCAGCCACCGGCUUCAGGGACGCGGGUGGUCCCCCACCAUAGCGGCUCCGCCCCUGCCCCCUCCAGCAAAGACCUCAAAUUUGGAAUCGACCGAAUUUUGUCUUCAGAGUUUGACCCGAAAGUCAAGGAAGGCAACACUCUGAGAGAUCUCACCUCGCUGCUAACCGGUGGGCGUCCUGCAGGGGUGCACCUGGCUGGCCUGCAGCCUUCGACUGGACAGUUCUUCGCGUCUCUAGAGCCCAUUAGCGAGGCGUCUGCUAUCCUCAGCCCCUUAAGCUCCAACCCAAGAAGUUCUGUUCAGCAUCAAUUCCAAGACACAUUUCCAGGUCCCUAUGCUGUGCUCACCAAGGACACCAUGCCGCAGACAUACAAGAGGAAGCGCUCAUGGUCCCGAGCGGUCUUUUCCAAUCUCCAAAGGAAGGGCCUGGAGAAGAGGUUUGAGAUCCAGAAGUAUGUGACGAAGCCAGACAGAAAGCAGCUGGCAGCGAUGCUGGGACUCACCGAUGCACAGGUGAAGGUGUGGUUCCAGAACCGCAGAAUGAAGUGGCGACACUCUAAGGAGGCGCAGGCGCAGAAGGACAAGGACAAGGAAGCCAGCGAAAAGCCUUCAGGAGGAGCGCCCGCCGAGGGCGAACUGGAAGAGAGAAGUCCCAGCCGUUCCGAGGGCGAGGCCGAGAGUGAGAGCAGUGACUCGGAGUCCCUGGACAUGGCCCCCAGCGACACAGAACGGACUGAGGGAACUGAGCGGUCCCUGCACCAAACUACGGUCAUCAAGGCCUCCGCCGCGGGCGCCCUCAUCACAGCCAGCGGCAGUGCGAGCGGUGGCAGCUUCAGCUUCAGCAGCGCCAGCAGCCUGGGUAGCGGCAACGCGGGCGCGGGUAGUGCCAACAGCCUUGGCGGCAGCUGCUCUGAGCUGCUCCCCGCGCACCAGCCCUCAGUCACCAGCAAUCCCCAGAGCCCGGAGCCUGCCCAAGCCCCGCUUGCAGGUUUAUAGACAGGACCUAGGGUACUUACGGCAUGGCGUGGCAUGCAGCUUCCCCAACACUGGCUGGAGUUUGUGCCUACUUUAGUUGGUGGCAAGGGUCGCCAAGGCGGGAGACGCCAAGGGCAGCUUCUUGGGGGUUCGUACCCUUUUUCUUGCUGCCUAGGCUGCCUGAGGCCUAUAGCUCCCAAAUGACAGGAAAGUUUUGAGGUUCCCCCCGCCAAAGAAUUCAACUGUUCUCCCUACCGAAGCAGCUCACACUGUGAAGUGUUUGACGGAACUGUUCCUCCGAGCACCAGGGGUCUUGGCAUAAGGACACGCUGCACUUAGGAGUCCUUUAACUUGUAAAUAAAAUGUUUACUACGGUUUGUAAAAGGC